AGUCAAGCCGAGGGCGGGGCGAAGGGAGGCGAAAGAACAUUCUGACAAGUUUGUCCACGCAUUUCACGUCGGGCUCGGCGGCGGAGUUUACGGCCGGUCCCUAAACAACAACAACAACAAACAAACAAACAAGCAAACGAGUAAAUAAAACGAAGCGAACGGCUGUCUCCGGGGUAGCAGUGCGGCUCAGCGACCAGAUCGGAUCAUGGACGGAAUGUACGCAUGGGGACAGACCCCGCUAAACCAAGGCAAACCUUUCAUAGAGAUCAUCGAGCAACCCAAACAGAGGGGCAUGAGGUUCAGGUACAAGUGCGAGGGACGUUCGGCGGGCAGCAUCCCAGGAGAGAAGAGCAACGACACCACCAAGACCCACCCCGCCAUCAAGGUGCACAACUAUAGCGGCCCCCUGCGCGUUCGCAUCUCGCUGGUGACCAAGAACACGCCGCAUAAGCCCCACCCCCACGAGCUGGUGGGGAAAGACUGCAAGCACGGCUACUACGAGGCAGAGCUGCAGGAGAGGCGGAUACACAGUUUUCAGAACCUGGGCAUUCAGUGUGUGAAGAAAAAGGAUGUAGGGGAGGCUGUCACUUGUAGGCUGCAGACCCACAAUAACCCCUUCAACAUUCCUGAGGCCAAGGUGUGGGAGGAGGAGUUUGACCUGAAUUCAGUCCGGCUGUGCUUCCAAGCUUCCAUCACACUGCCUACAGGAGAGCUGUUUGCCCUGAAACCUGCAGUGUCCCAUCCCAUCUUUGACAACAGGGCCCCGAACACGGCCGAACUGAAAAUCUGCCGAGUGAAUAGGAACUCUGGGAACUGCAAAGGAGGGGACGAAAUCUUUCUACUCUGUGACAAAGUGCAGAAAGAAGACAUUGAGGUGCGCUUCUUCCAGGACUCCUGGGAGGGAAAGGGAACUUUCUCCCAGGCUGACGUGCAUAGGCAGGUGGCCAUCGUGUUUCGCACCCCGCCCUACCGCGACACCAACCUGACCGAGCCCGUGAGAGUCAAGAUGCAGCUCCGAAGACCCUCCGACCGCGAGGUCAGCGAGCCAAUGGACUUCCAGUACCUGCCCUCAGACCCAGAUGAACAUAGGCUGGCGGAGAAGCGGAAAUGCACAGGGAACAUGUUCCAGAGCCUGAAGUUGGGAACUAUGCUACCUGGAGUGACCAAUCCACCAGAAAGAAGGCCCAUAAACACUGCUCGGAGGACAGUCACAGCCAAGCCUCCAAUGAUGAAUGUACAAGCUGCAGGUUUGAAUCCAGUGAUGCCCUCUAACGGUAGCGGAGUGAAGCCACAGCCCUCCUACUCUCCUUUCGGCCAGCCAGGCCAGCUCUUCUCUGUCCAGCCCAAGGCAGAGGCCCCCUCCACUGUCUCAUCCACCACUGCCAGCCAAACAUGGAAGUUCAUGGAAAACCUGACCCUGGAGAACCAGCCUAAAGCCACCCCAGUGCCCAGCUACACCCUGGCCCAAACCGCAACAUCCUCCAACACCUCCGCUCAGGAGUACUCUACUGUCAACCUGUCUGACCUUCAUGACUUCCCCUUCCCCACCUUCUCUCAGACCGCCGCCCAGGAGCCCUCAGCCUCUCAGAGCACCACCACCUCCUCACAGCCCAACUCUUCCUUUACCCUCCCUGUGGGCUCCCAGUUCAGGGUGGACGCCUCGCUUGGGGACGAUGAUAUCCCAGAGUUCCCUAGUUUUCCUGAGGCCCAGGCCCAGGCCACAGGAACCCUGGAGGGUUUGAUCAUGGAUGAUUUUGAUGAUCUGCUGAUGCAGCGGCUGGUGAGUGAAAGUGGAAAUAGCUCGUCCAUGGUGACUCAAAAUCCAUGCCAUCAAGCCUCCUCCGCCAGCUCUUCUAUUGCUCAGAGCAACACGACAUCCCAGAACCCUAACGACCCAGCCAGCCAACCGGGAAGUACAUGGAUGAAUUAUCCCAAUAGCAUCGUCAGCCUGCUGCAGAGUGAGAGUAUGAUGGACAGUUCACCCAGCAACCCUAUCCAGCGUGUUGCCUUGGAUGAGUUUGAUGUGCUGACGUCAGCCGAUGAGGAUCGUCUUAUGUCCAUCUUGAAUAGCAGUUGCCAAGCGGGGUUUGUUUCAGGGCACCAAACUUAGAGGUCAACCAUGAGAUUUUUUAAAAAAAAAAGAUGAUUUAUUUAUAGCUGUAUUCAUCAGACCACUUGUUUCUGUCCUUCUACCCUUUCGGACUGAAAUCGCUUUGGAUUCCUUUUGAUAUUCUGUCAAGCGAAAAAAGGAAAUGAGGUGAAUAUGAAGGGUUGAAUGAGAGACAGAACCUGGCAGCAUUCCUCACUGUGUGUACCCGGUUAUCAAAAUGCCAUAUUGAUCUGUAUGGUAUUUCAUGUGGACUGAGUUGAUUUGAGGUUUUGGUCCCGUAAGGCCUUGACCAGUGAACCGUCUGUGACAAAGACGCAGGACUGUUGGUCUUUAAAUGCAAUAUCCCUUUACAAACUUAUAAUUCUGCUUUUGACAGAAGCAUGUCAGUGUUCAGGAGCUCAACUUAUUUAUCAGCUUAGUAUAAUUGUACGUCAAAAUGUUUCACUGUAAAAGUUAAUCAGAUUCAUUGCUCAACAGAAUAAUUAAUAUUUUGUCAGAGCAGGUAAAACAGGUUUUGUAUAUUACCAGAUAAUCAGUUUAGUUCUGACCGUUCUGUUACCUUUUGUUUCCUUUACUUGCAGUGAAUUGAUUACUCUUUUUU